CUGUUUAUUCUGCUGCCUGCAUGUUGCAUGUACACGUAUGCAAUGAUGUCUAUUCAAUGGUUCACAUUGCCAUUUGUAUCGUACGGAAUUUGGGUCGUGUAUUUCUGUGAUUUCUUGUCGAGCUGUCAGUACAUACCUUCCGUGGGAAUGGGUCAGCCAGACUGGUACAUGGUGGUACAAUUCCUGGCCACUGCUGGAUGGAUAGGAAUGAUCUCUGCUUCCCUCUUACUUGUAUCAUCUCUCACUGGCUGUCAAGCGCAUCAUUAUCUGAGAAUUAUCCCCAGAAAUCCUCAGAAGAUACAACAGUUCACGUCCAUAUUGUGUUUUAUCUCAGCAUUUUCUAUCUCCACCUGUGUGGUGUUUUUCCUGGCCAAGCUGACCCAGUCCAGCCCAGAGAACCCCCCUCACUGGUCAUAUGCCACCACACUGGCCUCUUGUGCUUGCAUCCUCACUUUCAUCACUGGGCUUAGGUUGCCGACUUCAUCAUCGUCUGUGUAUGAAAGCUCCUUUGAGAAGCGCAAAGUAGGACUGCUAUAGCAAAAUUUGCACUUUUGCAGGAUUUUAUUUAUUAAUUUCACAUACAUCAUGUUUCUUUAAAGAUGUUUGAAUCUGUUAUCAAGAGUAUGUGAAAGUGUCUUUUAUUUUUGUUAUCACAAGGAAAUACCACUUUGAUUUGUGAAAUGUAGAUAUUUAUACUUUUAUGAGUGAACCAAUUGAGUGAAAAGAAGUUACAUUUGUUAGAAUCAUGUGCUUUAUCAUUUAAGGCAUUAUAGAAAAGUACUUUGAUUCAAACCACUGUCAGCAGGGAGGACGAGAAAUCCUCAUCACUGGCUGUAAAGAACAUGUACCAUACUAAAUGUGGGCUAUUAUCACUGUUCUUAGUAGCCUAAUAUUUUAGUUUUGAUUUAUUUUACUGUCAUGUGAUUUCAGCCAUGUAUAGAUCAUGAGGUUUUCUCCAAGCUUUCAGAAAAUUUGUCAAAUAUAUGUUUAAAUAUAAAUAAUAUAUAAUAUUUCUGAUAAAUGUUUUGAAGUCUAAAGAAGAAGUAAAAUUAUUGAGGGAUAGGUUGUAUAAUUGUAUUAAUGUUUUAGUAGUAGUAGAUGUGUAAUAAUUUUGUUGUAUUUAUAUAUUUAUUUGAGUGGUGUUUUUCAAGAAUAUUUCCCAUUCCGGUUAUACAAUGGCAGCCAGCAGUGUGAUGGCAGGGAACCUGGUAGAGCCUGCCCAUUUGUACAUAACUGUCACACCUUCCCACAUACAGCCAGACAGGAAGCCAGUAUGCGCUGACCUUGAACUCACAACAAUAUUGUUGUCAGCAGGACUUCAGUAUUACCUUGAUACACGUAGUUCAGAUGUUAUUACUCUUACCUUCUCUUUUGGAUAGUUCACAAGGUAAUGAAGAUCCGCAUAUCUUAUGAAUUGAUAUAGAAGCUAAUUUUGGAAAAGGAAACCUUGUAUUGCUGUGAUAUAUUGCAUAGAUAUUUGCAAGAUAAAUUUUGCCUUUGUUUUUACCUUUGUGUCCAUGAUCACUCAGCAUUUGCACAUGCUGAAAGCAGUAAAUAUCUAAAAUUUUGUUUAUCACUACACGUUUUGUGUCUGAGUAUUCUGUUAAUCUUAAAAAGGUGAUCUGAGGUUUACGUGGAAUGUAUGAUGAUAUCUCACUGGGUAAAUAAGUUUCGGGGUCUCCUUGGCCGAGGGGGUUAGCACGCCAGAGUGGCGCAAUGACACAGGAGCCUCUCACUGGUGCUGUUGCGGUGAGUUUGUCCAGCUCUUGCUGGCUUGCUCUCUGGCCGUACGUGGGUUGGUCAGCCAGCAACCUGGGAUUGUCAUGGGUUUCUAACAGGGUUCUGACUGGUUUCCUCCCACCAUAUUGUUGGCCAAUGGCAAAUAAGUCAAAUAUUCUUGAGUACAGCAUGAAACAUCAACCACCUAAUCUGACUGUUUUCAGAUGUAUUGUAUGAUAUGUAUACAUAUACAUGUGCGUACAAAACCUAGAGGAAAUACUGGAUGUUGAUCACUUGUAUAUUUGUAAAUGUAUAUGUAGGGCCUGAUUUGGGCCAAUUAUAAACAGGGUAUUUGUGUGAAAAUUCUGUUGUUCAUAUUGCUUUCAACAUUCAUGUGAAACUCUACUCAAACUAACUGAGCAGUAGAACAUCUGAACGAAUGCCCAAACUGUUAUUCCAGACCAGACCCUGGUGAGUGUACUUUUAGAUAGUUAUUGUCUUAUGGUGUGAACUGCUCAAUAGUGAACUCUGAUCAAUAAUAACCUUUUUUUGAGGAUAUUCUUGUUAUCAAAUCAUGCUACAAAU